AUGUCCCUUUAGUGUUUCUGUAUGAAAGUGAAAGCAGAACAGACAGACAGACACAGCAUAAAUCUGCAUUAGCCUAGGAGUGGUCUUGCAGACAGUAAUACAUUUUGUUGAAACUCAGUCAAAGACGUGUAACGGAUUCACCCAUCCAUCAGCAGCCACGUCAUUUUAACCAGGAAAGACUACGAAGUAUGUCGAAAUGUCAAGUGUAAAGAUGGCUGCAGAGCUCCACUAUUUGUAUCAGAGGGCCGGGUCGCGGGGGCAGCAGUCUAAGCAGAGAUGCCCAGACUUCCCUCUCCCCAGACACUUCCUCCAGCUCUUCCGGGGGAAUUCUGAGGCGUUCCCAGGCCAGCCGAGAGACAUAGUCCCUCCAGCGUGUCCUAGGUCUUCCCCGGGGCCUCCUCCCAGUGGGACAUGCCCGGAACACCCCCCCAGGGAGGCGUCCAGGAAGCAUCCGGAACAGAUGCCCGAGCCACCUCAGCUGGCUCCUCUCGAUGUGGAGGAGCAGCGGCUCUACUCUGAGCUCCUCCCGAGUGACCGAGCUCCUCACCCUAUCUGUAAGGGAGCGCCCAGCCACCCUGCGGAGGAAACUCAUUUCGACCGCCUGUAUCCGGGAUCUCAUUCUUUCGAUCAUGACCCAAAGCUCAUGACCAUAGGACACUGUGGGCUGGAGAAUCCAGACUCCACCUGCUACUUGAAUGCAGUUCUUCAGACACUCUUCAUGAUGAAGGAGUUCAGACAACAUGUCGAGAGAGUUUCAUCUGAUGAUAACUUCAUUAGUGAGCUGAAGAAAUUGUUCAAAGAAUUGGAAACGCAACAGGAACGUGCAGUUUCAGCAGCUGGGGUCACAAGAAGCCUCAGCAUUGACGUUUAUAAACAACAAGACGCAGCAGAACAUCUACAUUCGAUCCUUAAAAAGACUCCUGGAUCCUCUGAGCUUUUUAUGGGCAAAAUGACCAAAAGAGCAUGCGUGUCAUGCAGAGACAAACAAGAACCCUGUCAGGAUUUUCUCUCAUUGCCAGUCUCUUUUAAAGACUCUCUGGAUGUGGAAGAUGCUUUAGAGGCACAUAUUCUUCAAAUGUGUGAAAAGUAUCAGCUGCGUUGUCGUAACUGUCAGGAAAUAACAGACUGGAAAAGUGAGAUGAUCACCUUUCCAAAACUACUGAUUAUUCAGUUGAGGAGGUCUGGUGACAAGGAAGUGAGCAUUGGUCCUGAGAUUGAGGUUUCCUCUCACACGUAUGAACUCUAUGCCAUAGUAAACCAUAAGGGCACAGAUCAUAAUGGACACUAUUAUGCAGACAUCAAAUGUGGAGGUGGAAUCUGGCAUCGAUUUGAUGACGAUGGUGUCUCAGAGAGUCCUCUGAAGAGCGUCUUCAUAAACGAGAGCCCCACACUCAGGAGUUCAGAAGCCCGUUUACUCGUGUACAGACGCUGAGAGUGAAUUUCAACAAGGGAAAGACGCCAGUUCUCUUCACGAGCUCACCGGGAGAGACUCGAAACACAAGAAUGAAGCUUUCUAUUAAUCCAGUCAUCUUGCUUUGUCUUGUGCUUUGUUUAUAAGUAAAAAAAAAAAGUACCAAAUCAAAACUCAUUUCAUAUUUGAUGACCUUUACACAGUUAUUGAACUGAACUGAAUCAACAUUGAACUGAAUUGAUCUGAAUAAUAACUCUAUUGUCUUCUGUAGAGCUGAUCUACAGCUGAAUCUGAAUUAUUCUCAUAUUUGAUGAAGUUUGAUUCAGUUAUUUUCCUCUUUAUUCCUGUGAAGUUGAUUUAAAACAAUCUGUAACAUGAAACAUAUUCAUGCAUUUAUUCAUCUUUCAUGUUAAUCAUUUAAUGAUUUAUGGCUUAUGAUUUUUCAACAUUAUCUUUGAUUUCAUAUACUCAUGUACUCCUACUCCAUAUAUUAAUCCUCAUCAUAUUUUCAAGUAUUUACUCUUUAUUGUACUCAUGGUUACGGUUAUUCUUUCAUCUUUAAGAGAAUGUAUUGUGCUGUAUUCAGUUGUUCUUCAAGUGUUUCAGUGUUCAGGUCAUGUCGACACGUUUGUGGUUAGAUAUUGGACGCCUGCCAUGUACUGCAGAAGUGAUGAUCAUUUUGAACUUGAUGUAUCUUCGUAUCAAAAUAUGUCUGUUUCCAUCUCUGCAGACAUGAGAUAAUGCAAGAUCUGCUUCUGCUUCUUCUCUUCUACCUCUCAUUUCAUUCUGCAAAUAUCUUCCUUCUUCUGUUCUCCCUUUCUCUAUAUUCUGAUCUUCACUCUUCAUCUGUUCCAUACAAUACCCUGGAUUCUAUUAUAAACUAUUAUUUACUUCAGUUAAUUCAGAUUUGAUCUCUGACAUAAUCAUUGCUGUACUGUCUGGAUAUAUAAACAAAUAAAACAUAACUAAAAGUG